AUGGUGAAAAAUCAUAGCCGGAGAUGGCACCCGGACGAUAAGAAGAGGCGGCUAACGGUCGCGGUCACUAGUGAUGGUGGAUUUAGGCAAUGGUCGUCGGAGGUGGGUGCGCGGUGGACCGACGGCUUGACGCAAGCGUCGUUGGUGAAGAUGAUGUUGGAGGGUCGACAGUCCCAGCCCAACGCCGCCAACGGCUGUAUCAUAGGUGAAGGUGGUGCAAGCGAUUCGCCGGAAGAGGGGUCAGGUGCUGCUACUUGGAUGGCGUCAACUGGCCGGCACUCGGCGAUGUCAAGCUCGGUGAUUGUUAGAUCGGAUGUCGGCGCCGGCGGUAAGUUGGUGUCAGCUCGGCGUGAAGUUACGAUGUCGGCGGCCCUCGUGUGGUGCCAUCUUGAAGUCCGAGGCCAGCGUCGGGAAUCUCGCGUCGGCUGCAGCCGAAGUGAUCGGCGGCGGUCGCUGAGGUCGGCAGUUGAGGCGCGGUUGACCGUGGUUAUGGCUAUGGUCGGCGAUUCGGGCCUGGCCGUGGUUGCGACCGAGGUCGGCGGUUUGGGCCUAGGCCAUGGUGACGGAUCGAGUUCGGUCUCUGAGGCGUGUCAGGCCCCGGCCGUCGCUUCGAAGUUGACCGGAAGCGGCGAGGAUGUGAGUUUAGCUCGACAGUUUGUUUUUUGUCCCGAGCUGAGGUCGGCGUUGGCUCGCGAAGUCGGACCGACUACAUGA